CGUCAACUGUUUUCUCAGCCGUCCCAGAAGGCGCCGGGGGUGUGUUUACGCCAUCUGUAGCGACGUAUUGAGGCAACCAUGCCAUCUGAGGGUGGCCGGCAGACAGAGGCCGAGAGUCUGGCCGCGCUUGACCAGGACCUGUUGUCACUGCACCAGUACUGCAGUCAGUCAAACCUCUCCCCGGAAGAGGUACGCGAGGCCCUGCGUCCGCUGGUUUCCGCUGUCCAGUGGUCAGGGACCAUAGACACCGCCAGGUCGGUGACUCGAUGCAUCGUGGCUGUACUCCUAAUCUGUGCCGCUGUCAUCCUGCUGAUGGGGACAACGCCUUUUCAAGAAGUGGCAACAAGUGUGGGCCAACAAGCCCAUACGUAUGCAAGAAUAGCCAUGGUGAAGGUUCUGCCGUACUGGGACUGGUCCACGCUGUGCGACCUACGCUGUUUGAUAGAGAACCCCCUGUACCAGAACCCGAACCCACCGGAGCGUUCCGCUGACAACUGUCACACGUGCGAGUCAAUGAGCGAACUCGACCGGCUGUCCAACGUGAGCGUGGCGGCCUUCACGGAAAACUACAUGCGCCUGGACCGACCCAUCAUCGUCACGGACGCCACCAAGAGCUGGCCCGCAUUCGGGGAGCCCGCCUUCGACCGACACCGCCUGGUCGAGAUGUUCAAGGACGACAAGCUGGCCGACUCCCAUCCCUGCGAGCUGUUGACCAAUCUGAUGGUGCGCCGUAACAUGAAAUUGCUGCUGGACAAGAUGAGCAACCCGGUGAUCAAGAAGUGGUUCGCCCAUUGGGAAAACUGUGACAAAAUGGUCGCGAAGGCGCUUCGAACCAUGUACAGGCGCCCCUACUUCUUGCCGACGACGGUGGAUACAACGGAAUCUAACUGGGUGCUCGUUUCCUCCAACUACACCGGAAGCGUCUAUAAGAUGCUGCCGGUGGUGAACGACUUAGUGUGGAUGGCUCAGGUGCAGGGCACCUCGCUAGUGCGGCUAGCAGCGCGCGACCCCUGCACCACCGUCUGCCCCGAGAUCGUCGACACACUCCGGCCCGGGGAGAUUCUGGUGUUCACAGACUUCAUGUGGAUGAUGGAUUACAUGCCAGGACACGGGACGGAUAACGUUGCGAUCGGCACGGCGGGGUUCUGGGAGUGACCGGCGCACCCCGUUGAACCAGCACAGCUCCGGUCUGUUUAAUGUCGUCUGCUAUUCCGGCUUUCUUACGGGAGUGUCCUACCGUAAAAAGUCUGAGGUUAGCGUGAGCUUGCGCAAGUGUAUGCGAAAAGGCAUCACAAAUCUUCGUGGGUGUUCUUCAUAUCAUGUUCACCGUUGUGCUCCUGUUAACAACUUUCGUGCAUCAUUGGUUUAUAUCAUGGUUCGUUGCUGCUGCCUACCACAAUUUGCGUGUCAGCAAUUAUCGUCUUGAUUGCAUUUUUGCACCGGAUAGAAUCACUGUGUUGCUAACGCAUGCGUCUCAAUUUCCAAUUCAUCCUGUCGUUACCUCAGUCAAAAUGAAUCCAAUCUUUCAUGUAGAUUGUGCAUUGUGCGCUCUCGGCACACUGAAAACAAGCAAACAUGAAUCGGCCGCUUGUGGUUCUGCGAGUCGACUCUGGUUAUUCCCCAUGGAGUGUUAGUUUGGACAAGUGGUCAUGAAGCGUGCUUUUCUCCGGUAAUGUUGCAAAGCUUUCUGUUUCACUUCCGAACCGUACCUGUUCAGGCAGAAUGCGCUGGAUAUAAACACUUGACGCUUCGAAUACAGAUCGUGCACAACGGGAGAGCUGGUGUGAACUUCUGCUCCUUACUGGGUGCGAGCUUAUUACACUGGUUCUUGGUCUAUGGCUUGUACAUCUUUGUAUUGCUUGGUGUCGUGAAAUAUAUGUCUGCAUGAUGCCCCGCGAAGUUAUCAAGUUAGAGGAACUGUGCUGUUCUCGAGCUCUUCUCUGGCCGGAUGUGAAAUGGCUAUCUAGGAUGAUUGUGCGUGACCAGGUACCAUUGGCGGUUACAUGGACGAGUGUCAUCUAGAGCCUGCAACAUUUGGUUGGUACCAGCCCUGGUACUAGUACCGGAUCCCUGGUAUUCCGUAAACUCGGCACCGACCGACGCCGAUCCCGAGACCGGCAAGCCACGACGUGGCCAGCGCGAACAACGAUCUAGUGCCACCGGCAUUGGUUUUAGCAUCUUUUGUAUCGAUGCAUUGUGAACCUGCGAAUGAGGAGGAAAACGUGACGAAUCACACAAAUUGGUGUGGAGUCUCGCCAAGAUUGCUACAAAGCACAACUAACUUUUCGUGGAGAAAAUGGUAGAAAGGUUGUGAACAAUGCGGCUAUUCGGAAGAACGUUCGCUGUUGAUGUUAUUAUUUGUCAUGGUUUGCUGCCUCCUUUAAUCAUUAGUGUGCUCCACGGCCGGGGGCGGACGCCG